CUCGGCACCAAGCGGUGUAAUGCACCGUAUCACAUCGCGAUGGCCAUUUCUUUUCCGCUCCGGUGGCAGGAUGAGCCUCCGAACCAAGGUCGUCGCCUUGGACAUCGAGGCGCCUUGCAACGCGAGCGUGGCCUUUGAGCCGUCCGACCUCGUCGUCUUCACCCUCGAUACGCAUGGCGUCAAGCACUUUCGCCACGUCACGAUGCGCAACCUGCACACGCGCCGCCCAACGAUCUUUAGCGUCAAGACGCUCAACCCGGAGCGGUACUUUAUCAAGCCCAGCAAGGGCACGCUCGGCCCCAGCGAGACGAUCCAGAUCAAAAUUGAGCUACGGCAAGCGCUCUACGACGAGAUUGCACUUCGCCAAAACAGCCAAGAGGCGUAUGUGACCGACCGGCUCCUCAUCCAAAGCGGGACGCCGUCGACCGAGUCGGGCGACGGCGCGUGCCGUGAGUCGCUGGCGUUCCGCGGCAAAGACAAGAGCGCGGCCAAAGACCACGCAUGGGCGACCGCAUGGAAAGCGCUUGGCCCACGCGACAUUAUGUCCAAAAACUUUGUCAUGCGCUUUGAGCCCACGAUCGAGUUUACGAGCCACACACCGCACGUGCUCCUCCAGUCGGGCGCGAGCGUGCUCUCACAGACGUCGGCCUUCUCCGUGGACCCGCCGCCGUCCGAGACGACCAUGUCCCACGCCCAUUUUCUCGCUUCGAUCGACGACUCGGCGCCCUUGCCGCUCUCCGCCUCGGUGGUUCCGAAAAAGAAUGUGUCACCAAAGACACCGAGUGCGCGCCCGCUGCCAUCCCAAGUCGUGCCGUCGCGCGUCAAGGCCGACCGGUCCGGCCUCCUUGUGGCCAUUACGCCGGCGGCCGACAUCUUGCUGUUCACACUGCCGCCCCACGAGGUCAACGUCGGGUCCUGCGACGUCUCGAUCGAAAACCGGUGUUCCAAGGUCGUGGCGUACACGGUGCGCAUCGAGAGCAAGUUCAAGUGCAAGGCCGUGCCGUUCAAAGUCGGCUGGCUCGACGGACCGGACAAGACCAAUGUGCGUCUCGAACUCGCGCCGUCGCUGCACCGGGAGCUACUGCAACGACUGCGGUCGCACGACACGUCGCCGCUGCCGCAGUACAAGGUCCGCGUCCAGUGCAUGGAGCUGGAGCUCAGCGAAAUCGCAGCCAUGACGUCAUUACCGUCCUAUGACCAGACGAUCGAGUACCUCAAGGACCUGUGGCACCACGCGUCGGACGCCAACAAGAAGAUCCUUGUCCAUAAAUACGUCACGUCGUUUGCGCUCGAGGUCACGGCGCCCGUGCCGAUCGACCGGUCGUCGGACGCGCCGGCGUUGCGCCGUCAUGACACGGACGAUGACGUCACGACGCCGGACGAAGGCCGCGCGUCCGAGGUGAGCGAGUGCGCAUCGUUUCAAACGGCGUUCACACGAGCGCCUCCGAUGCGCCCGAUCAUGACACCGCUCGAGCAUCUGCAGUACCAGCGGUCGCUCAACCAGCAUUUGCUGCCGCGCAACACGAUCGACGACUUUCGAGAAACGCUCUUUGAUGACAUGCCGCCGUCAUCGUCCAACGACACGCCACCGAGUGAAUUGGGGCCGGCGACCGCGCUCGAAGGCGUCAAGGAAGGCGACGACGAAGACGCGACGUCGAGCCACCUCUCUAACGCGCCGCCGCUCGAGCGACCGUUUGCGACGAGCGUCGACACGACACGACCGCGACCGGCGAGUCCGUUGCGCCGGCAGCCGUCGGCCAGCGUCGGCGCCACACCCAAGCCAGCGACGACGACCAAAAUUGAUCUCUUGGCGUCGAUGGACGACGUCUUGGAAGAAGAAAAGCAUGAUGACCUAGAGCCGCUGCCUGUGAGCAUUGCGCGACCCACCGAGUACGACGCGCGCAGCAGCACAGUUGCGAAUCGGGAUACCGUCGCACACGUCGAGUACCUCCCGAUGCCAGAGACCAUUGCCGAGGCGAGUGCGAGUCCGCGCCGGAGCAGCGUCCGCUUUAGCCUGGACGACAUUGACAUUCUUGCCUCCAAGUACAUGCCGGUAUCGGCGCCGGCCAAGCCCAAGCCGUCGCUGUCGCUGGUGCCGCCACCGCCUGUUGUGGCCGCGCCCGUCGUGCACCCGCCGGCACCGGUCAUGUGGGCACCGAUGCCAACGUCGUCGUCAUUGUCACCGCGUCAUGACGUCAACAUCAUGGCGUCGCCGGUGGUCGCUGUCGCCAUCAACAUGAACACGCCGCGGUCGUCGCUGCAUGUGCGUGAGGACCUGACGAGCGAGUCGUCCAUGACGGUGGACAGCGCGUUUGCGUCUUUUAUGGGUCCGCUGUCGCCGGCGCCGUCGUCGCCCCGGGCGUCCGUGUCGCUCUUUGGUGACAUUGACACACUCCCAACGCGCCCUGUCGUUGUCAUCCAAGAAACGACCGACGACGACGACGACGACGACGCCGACGACCAUGACAAGGACAGGGCGUCGGUCGUCGAGGCGCCGGUGCCGACGACACCGGUCACCAACCCCGAAGUGAUUGCUGUCGACGAACCCGACGCCGACGUGGACGGUCCGUCGAGCCCGUCGUCCAAGGCCCACACGAUCGACGAUGCCAACUCGGGGUUCUCGAUUCUGACCUUCCCCGAACCCGCCGAUGCAACGGCCACCGCCGACGCCGAUGACGAGCACGAGCUCGCGUCGGUCCUCGAGUCGUCGACUGGCGAGCUUGAGCCGGUGCGCCAAGGCAGCGGGCGCAGCUUCUUCCCGAAAGCGAUUCUCAAGACGUUUGCGUUCAAGGAGACGCCAGACGAACCCGCACACCUCGAGAUGCCGGACGAAGCGUGGAUCCGGCAGUCCGAGUUUGACGCGCGCCACGUCGAGCAGCCGCCCAAGAAGAUGAAGUCGUUCUUGCGCGCGUUCGAGAAGAACUAUGCCGUGUCGACGCCGACGCCGACCGGCCUCGUGAGCCUCUCGCCCCAAACGCUCUUGUACCAUCUGGACGUGGGCAAGAAGCCCACGGGCAAGGUGACGCUGCAAAACACAUCGUCGCACUGCGUCGCCUUCAAGAUCAAGACGGCGCAGCCGCAGCGCUACAAGGUCCGACCGAACCAAGGCUACAUGGAGCCGCAGACGAGCUUUGCGAUCGACAUCAACCUGCACCAAGUGGCGUACGACGAGCUCAUGUGCUAUAGCAACGUCGAGCUCAGCGACGUGCGCGACUGCCUCCUCGUCGAGACGAUCGCGAUGCCCAACAAGAAGAACGUCCUCGCGCUCAAAGCCUCGACAGACCCCAACAGCCUCCUCAAAGUGCUCUGGGCCAAUACCGAGAAGAAGGCGAUCCACGCCUCGCGCCUCUUUUGCGAAUAUGCAUUCGACGACAGCCAGUACCACAGCUUCUCAAGCUCCAACACCGGGUCGUCGUCCUUUAUGGCCAAGGACGCGGUCGGGCCGCGCCUCGACCGCAUCGAGAGCCUCUCGUCCAUGGACGAAAGCCACACGCCGCCGCCGUCGCCGCGCCGCAUCGCCAAGAAGCCCGUGCUCCGCGACGCCUUUUAGAGUCGUAGUACAUUGCUGUUGUUAGUCUAGUCCACGAAUUCCUCGUCAUGUUGGACACCUUGUCGUCGUCG